AUGGGUCAAGGUCGCCGUAUGAAAAAGCAGGGCAUGCCCGAGCCCUUGGACGAGUCUCUGGUAACGAGAAAGCGAAAAGAUGCGCCCGUCGCAGCGGACCCGGAGAGAAAGAAGAGGAGCAGGACUGCUGCAAGGGAGGCGCGAGAGGCCAAGGCCAAAGCGACACCUAAGACAAGGGUUGCGGGGAAGCCUGUGAAGCCUGUCAAGACUGCCGCAGCUGUGCUCAACGGAGCGAAGGCGAAGGCCAAAGGAAAGCCUGUAAAGCAGGCUGCUUCUCCCUCUUCGGACGAGAACGAGAACGAGGAAGACGACUCCGAUUUCAUGGAUGACGAAGAUAUGGACGGUAUCAACGUUACUGGUCUCGAUGCGCUCGGUAGUGCGUCAGAAGACGACGAAUUCGACUCCGACAUCGUAGACUCUGACACUGAAGUCAGGAAAGGCGCCAUGUGGUCGGAUGACGAAGACGAAGACGACAUCGAGGAGAAGCUCACGGCAGCAAACAUCGCUGGCUUAUCCAGAAAGCUCGAUGAACAAAAGGCUAUAGAGGAUGCUGAGGCAGCUGCUGAAUUGGAGGAGAACAUGAUGCAAACCAACAUCGCUGGUGAACGGCCAAAGAUCUUGGAGGAUAGUGAAGAUGAAGAUGGAAGGCCUGUCACGAACCUUGUCACUCAGGACAUCCAACUGCUGAGGACGAGACUCACAGAUACCAUCCGUGUGUUGGACGACUUCAAAAAUCUAGCCGAAGAGGGUCGGAGUCGUGCCGAGUAUAUGGCAUCGCUAUUGAAGGAUGUCUGUGCUUACUACGGCUACUCUGAGUUCCUAGCAGACAAACUACUCAACCUUUUCCCUCCCCGCGAAGCUCAAGCCUUCUUCGAAGCCAACGAGACCCCGAGACCCAUCGUCAUCCGCACAAACACCCUCCGUACCCAUCGUCGGGAGCUUGCGCAGACACUGAUCAACCGCGGCGUCCAGCUAGAGCCAGUCGGAAAGUGGUCCAAGGUCGGCCUUCAGAUCUUCGAUACGCAGGUGCCUCUGGGUGCAACGCCCGAGUACCUGGCCGGCCACUACAUAUUGCAGGCAGCAUCUUCCUUCUUGCCCGUCAUGGCUCUCGCGCCACAGGAAAACGAGCGAGUACUGGAUAUGGCAGCUGCGCCCGGUGGCAAGACGACACAUUUGGCAGCGCUCAUGAAAAACACUGGCUGCAUCUUCGCAAACGAUGCAAACAAGGAUCGUGCCAAGGGUCUGAUAGGAAACAUUCAUCGCUUGGGCGCCAGAAACGUUAUUGUCUCUCACUACUCCGCAUUGGAGUUCCCGCGUGUCAUGGGCGGCUUUGAUCGCGUCUUGCUCGAUGCGCCAUGUUCUGGAACUGGCGUUAUUGCCAAGGACGCUAGCGUCAAGACCAACAAGACUGAGGCGGACUUUAUGAAGUUACCCCAUCUUCAGAAGCAAUUGCUGCUCGCGGCUAUCGAUUCUGUCAAUCAUUCCUCAAAGACAGGAGGAUACAUAGUCUACAGUACCUGUUCGGUGACACUCGAGGAGAACGAGCAGGUAGUGCAAUACGCUCUAAACAAACGACCCAAUGUCAAGCUUGUCGAGACGGGCCUCACGUUUGGCAAAGAAGGUUUCACAAAGAUCCAGGGCAAGAUCUUUCACCCAUCUAUGAAGAUGACAAGAAGAUAUUACCCACACACGUACAAUGUCGACGGUUUCUUCGUCGCCAAAUUCAAGAAGAUUGGGCCUACGCCACCCAACGCUGUAGGAGUCAACGAGGCUACUAAGACUAAUGGUAACGGAGGCGCCAAGAGCACAACCACGGAGAUUGAAGUCGUCGACCGCACUCCCAUUGGCGCGGACAGCGACGAGGAGUCAGACUUUGGUGGCUUCGACGACGACGAGGAUCAGAAGUAUAUGGAGCGUGCACAGGCCAAGACGAUGCGCAGGAAGGGUAGAGAUCCCAAGGCGAUUGUGCCAAAGGGCGAAAAGAGCGUUAAUGGCGAGGCAAAGGAGGCUACUAAGAAAGCCACCAAAGAGGCUUCCAAGGAAGUGCCUGUAGAGAAGAACGGUGUUGCCACAAAGGAGAAGGCGGGUCGGAAAGAGAAGAAGGGCGGUGGUGUUGAGGUUGCCAAGUCUGCAACUUCGAAUGGCGUCGCUGUAAAGGAAGUCACGGUCGAAUCGAAAAAGGCAAGGAGGAAGAGCAGCGAAAAGAAGAGCAAGGCGUAG